UAGAGGAAAAAGGGAAUUUCCGUGGCAGAGAGGGAGUCGAACGGAAAGAAAAAUUAUCAGAAAUCAAUGGAGAAAACGGAGGGAAUGAGUAAGGAGAUAAAGAGGCAGAUGCGCCUUGCAAUGCCACUUUCAGUUGCAAAUUUGCUUAUGUUUGCCCUCCAAUUCGUAUCAAUAAUGUUGGUGGGCCAUAUAAGUCACCAGAAGCUCGCCGGCGCCUCCAUAGCCAUUUCCUUCGUCAAUUCCAUCGGUUUCUCAGUGCUCAUGGGAGUAAGUUCUGCAUUAGACACCUUAUGUGGGCAAUCUUAUGGAGCAGAAAACUACAAGAUGGUAGGCUUGCAUCUACAAAGAGCGAUGGUGAUAUGUGUCCUAGCGAGCAUUCCUCUUGCUUUUGCAAUGGCUUUCUCUGGUACUCUCCUCAUCCUGCUCCGCCAAGUCCCAGAAAUAUCAAUGGCUGCUCAAUCCUACGCUCAGUUGAUGAUACCUUCACUAUUCGCCUUCGGCCUUAUACAGUGCAUCCUCAGGUUCUUGCAAGCUCAAAAAAUCGUGGUCCCCAUUAUGCUUAGCGCUGGAAUGACAGCAAUUUUUCACUGCGUCAAUUGUUGGUUCUUCACCUUUAAAACAGGGCUUGGUUAUCGAGGAGCCGCACUUUCAGUAUCGAUAUCUUACUGGUUCAAUUUGUUGCUUUUAGUAAUCUAUGUUAUUUUUUCUCCUUCCUGCAAAUCGACAUGGACUGGAUUAUCUAGAGGGGCUUUUCAUGGCUUAUGGGACUUCCUUAAGCUUGCCAUACCAUCCACUUUAAUGGUUUGUUUUCAAAACUGGCAAUUUGAGUUAUUGUUGCUGCUUGCUGGACUUCUUACAAAUCCAGAGCUCCAAACAUCGUUAAUGUCAAUCAGCCAAAAUAUCUCUUCACUGGUGUAUGUGAUUCCAUUGGGUGUCAGUGGAGCAGUUAGCACCCGAAUAUCAAAUGAAUUGGGUGCAAAAAAUCCAAGGGCCGCUGUGCUUGCUGUGCUAUCUGCGGCGAUAAGCAUAAUUAUUGAAGGUUUGGUUGUGGGAUUUGUGAUGAUCGGUGGACGGCAAUUGUGGGGACAUGCUUAUACCAGUGAGAGAGUAGUUGUGAAUGCCGUGGCUGCAAUGAUAAGCAUAAUUAUUGAAGGUCUGGUUGUAGGAUUUGUGAUGAUCGGUGGACGGCAAUUGUGGGGGAAUGCUUAUACCAGUGAGAGAGUAGUUGUGAAUGCUGUGGCUGCAAUGGUUCCUUGGAUUGCUCUAUCGCAUUGCAUAGAUGGUUUCCAAUGCGUGCUUUUAGGCACAAUUCGAGGAAGCGGAAAACAGAUGGUUGGAGCUUUUGUUUGCCUUGGUUCUUACUACCUCGUUGGAAUUCCAGCUUCCAUUCUUCUGGGUUUUGUUUUCCAUUUGGGAGUAAAGGGUCUUUGGAUUGGAAAUAUAUGUGCAAUUUUGGUUCAAGACUUGGUGCUUUUAACCAUGACAGUCUUCACCGACUGGGAGAAGCAAGUUACAAAGGCUAUGGAAAGAGUUCAACCCUCCGAGAAGCCGUCGAGCCCGUUGACAUCAGAUCCCAAUUAUUGGAUAUUUAAUACACACGCUUUGGUGUCUUCAUUCUCCAUCUCGUUUGAUUCAUCCGAGUGAAGAAUUUCCCAAAUUUUCUUACAAUUAGAAGUGACAAUAAUUGUUUGGUUUACUUGCAUCCAAAAUCAUUAGGUAUAGCAAAAGCUAAUGCAUUACCUUGGAUUCUUGUAUGUAGAACAAAAAUAAAUAAAUGAAAUCGAUUUGCUCCAAGCAUGCCAUUGAUAGAUGAUUGCUCAAAUUAAUAUUUGUGUACUCAUUGAUGCCAACAAGACAAUCUCCGUUCGCAAAACAGAUGGCGCCAAAUGGUGAAACUUUGCUCAUGAUAGCGACAA